AUGGCCAUCUCGCCAAUGUCAGAGCAUCGCGACCGGACGACGAAGGCUGCAGCGUCACCAAGCCCAUCGGCACCCGCAUCUCGUCAUAGUCUUGAUACUGCUCCUUUCUAUCCAGGCGGCCAUGGGCACACUCAGCCCCUCGGAAAAUCUCCGUUCACUCGCCCAACGAGUGGCGAUGCCAACACCCCUUAUGACACCCCGACCCACCAAGUUACCGGCAACGCCGCAAGACACAAGGUCAGCUUGCCCAGCUUUGCUUCACUAGAUCGCGACAGUCAGCACCGUCCGCCUCCAUUGCCCGCGCCGUCUGCGUCCAUCUCCUCGUUUCGAUUGCCCCUGGCCGGCUCGUCGGCGCAGUCAAAUUCAAAUUUGAGGUCGGAGAUCAGUGGUCAUGGCGAAAUUGUGAACGAGGACAGUCCAGGGCGCAAUCAUCACCCGCACUUCUCUGAGCGAAGCACUCUGGACGACUUGCCCGCAACCCUUUCGGCGCCACGAGGCGAGACGAGCUUCGAAGCGUCCCAAUCAGAGCGCCCCAAGGAGCGAGUUCAAGGUUCGGACGCAAGUAUGAGCUUUGCGCCUCGUUAUGGCAUGCAAGCACCCAGACAGCCUAGUCCUGCUUCUCAGGCUGCGUUCAAUGCCCGUGCCGCUUCUGUAUCGACGGAGCAUCAAAAGGCACUCGUGCGAAGAGGUCCAGAUCGUGUCGCCUUAAGCAAUUCCGGCUUGCCUGUGAACGGAGAUGCGAUGCAGAUGGAGCAGCAAAACCGCGAGGCACUCUUGGACGCUGAGGCGAGCGCAGAGUACGGUUUGCGAUGUCGUGACUGCGGUACAACCAGCACACCACUUUGGAGGCGCGCGGCCGAUGGCAGCGGCAGUUCGCUCUGCAACGCGUGUGGUGAGUGCUUUCGAUCUAAUCCCGGUGUCACGAUCCAUACUCGCAACUUUUUGAAGGUGGCGCUGGCGCAGCCUCGCGUGUGUGGUCAGACCCGUCAUUUUGUGUCGGCGCCUCGUGCCGUGCUCUUGGCGGCGCUUAUCUCUUAUCCUCCCACAGCGCGAGCUUUUUUGCUGACCUGCGCAUACUUGCUCCUGUCACAGCUUUAUAUCUCAAGUCGCACAACAUACCACGCAAGGUGAGCUCCGCACCGAUGCCUACUUCGCCUGAUACUCUCGCUCGUCCAAGGACAAAUUCUGGCACAUCGAUACUGCGCGAGUCUCCGGCUGCACCUACCGAGCCCGCAGUGCCUUCUGCACCGCCACAAAACGGGUCGUGUCCUGGCGGCGGUUUCUGCAAUGGCACGGGUGGAACUGCCGCCUGCAGCGGUUGCCCUGCCUACAAUAACAAUCUGGCGCAUUCUGCCCGAAGAUCCCAAGGACGGGCUCCACGCAUGGAGAACAGCUCUACAUUCAAGUCGAUGAAGCCGAGCUCUGAGCCUGUCGGAGAUGCGGAAAGCUUGCAUCAAGCGGCAGAAGCAUCUGCCAUGCAAGUUUCUGAGGAAACUUCGCCAAAGCCGUAUCCUUUCAAGGACCAGAUAGGGGAGGAUGGGAAUGUUAUGGCUUUGAGAUGCACAAAUUGUAGUACUACCACCACCCCCCUUUGGAGACGCGAUGAGGACGGAAACAACAUUUGCAACGCCUGCGGUGAGUCGCUACAUCUUCUCCGGAUGAGCAAUCCUUUGCAAUGGACGCUAACGAUUGGGCUGCAUGCUUUGCCUUCACAGGUCUGUACCAAAAGCUCCAUGGCACGCAGCGUCCGAUCGGAAUGCGCAAGUCGGUUAUAAAGCGUCGCAAGCGUGUGCCGGGAGGCAGCAGCACUGCAGCUUCGAAAGCUACGCCUGGGCCCCUCCUUCCUGACACUGCAUCGCCCGCUCGCAGCACGCCACUAGACAAGGGCACGCCAAGCGUCAACACGUUUUCAGCUGCGCCGGAGCCAGCCACGACAGCUCGCGACGCGAAUGAUGCCGCACACGAAGCAGCCAUGGCCUUGAUGGAAGUCGGUCGCCCUCAGCAACUCCCUCAAGCCCAUGCUUUGGGCGCGCAGAAUUCAGCGUACGAAGACUACCACACACGAGGCUCCCCUCUCCCUCCACGUGGAAGACCAGACACGCCAGUUUCCGGUCGUCCUGUGAAAAAGCCCAGGAAAAGCGCAAGCACGUCUAGGUCUGGGCAAUUUGGCGAUGAGCCUCGUGGCGCUGAACGUCGCACGCAUGUAGACGACCUCACACUGGACGUUCGCAGAAGCCAGGCUCCGAUGCCAAGACGAGACCACCUCAGCCUCAACCAUGCUGAUUCGCGCGUUCCUUUCUCGAUGCAGCAGCGACCGAGCUCCGCUGCCGACACUGCAGAAUCUGGCGCGAUCAGGCACCCCUCGGCAUACUCUGCCACGGCGACGGUUGAGGAUGGAGCGAAGCCCGCCAACGAAGCCAGCCAGCAAGGAGAUAGAAAGGUAGUCACAGCAUUGCCAGCGCAAUCUGGCCAGCCUCAUCACCAUCAUCGUGAGUCAAAAGAAUGA